AGGUUCAAUUAGUACACCUGAGGAAGUACCUGUUGAAACAGAUUACUUGUCUAGUGUGGAUCCAAUGCUUGGUAACCUUGACCUUGUGAAGGCAUCAGAGGAAAAAGAAAUUGUAGAGAGUAUAAGCUUCCGUAAAAUCAGUGGAGAGGAACCACAGACUGUUAGACAGGAAAUACUUCUACGAAAUACGCCAGACAAAGUUGAUGAGGAUACAGAACCAAAGGUGGAAGAGUUAAAUGAACCUGAGAUGGAGGAAUCCAAUGAACCUGAGAUGGAGGAAUCCAAUGAACCUAGGAUUGAAGAAUCGAAUGAACCUACAAUGGACCAUUCCAAUGCACCUAAGAUAGAAGAAUCGAAUGAACCAACAAUGGAACAUUUCAAUGAACCUACAAUGGUAGAAUCCAAUGAAUCUACAAUGGUAGAAUCCAAUGAACCAACAAUGGUAGAAUCCAAUGAACCCAAGUUGGUAAAACCCAAUGAACCUAAGAUUGAAGAAUCGAAAGAACCUACAAUGGACCAUUGCAAUGAACCUAAAAUUGAAGAAUUGAAUGAAACUACAAUGGACGAACCAAAUGAACCUAAAAUGGAACAAUCCAAUGAACCUAAGAUGGAGGAAUCCGAUGAACUUAAGAUUGAAAUAUCAAUUGAACAAACAAAGGACCAUUUCAAAGAACCUAAGAUGGAAGAAUUCAAUGAACCCGAGUUGGUAGAAUCCAAUGAACCUAAGAUGGAUGAACCAAAUGAACCUAAGAUGGAAGAAUUCAAUGAACCUAAGAUAGAAGAACCAAAUGAACCUAAGAUGGAAGAAUCCAAUGAACCAGAGAUUGAAGAAUCCAAUGAACCUAAGAUGGAGGAAUCCAAUGAACCAGAGAUGGUAGAAUCCAAUGAACCUAAGAUGGAGGAAUCCAAUGAACCAGAAAUGGUAGAAUCCAAUGAACCAGAGAUGUUAGAAUCCAAUGAACCUGAGAUGGACCAUUCAAAUGAACUCAAGAUGGAACAAUCCAAGGAACCUGAGGUGGAAAAAUCCAAUGAACAUAAGAUAGAAGAUUUCAAUGAACCAAAUAUGGUAGAAUCAAAUGAACCAGAGAUGGAAGAACCCAGUGAACAUAAGAUGGUAGAAUCCAAUGAACCUGAGAUGGAUGAACCCAAUGGUGCUAUUGAUGAAUAUGCUGCAGAGCUUAUCCAACAUGUCAUAUCUGGUGCUAUAGCAACUGUUACUACGGCAACUACUACUGUAACCAAGGAUAUUGUUUCAGACUGUAGUAGUGAUAUAACUGAAGAAAGUGGAGUCACUUGGUCAAGAGAGACCAGUUUUGAUACUGUGUCUUCUAUUCCUAGUAAAGACGGACAAACUGUCAUUUGGUCUAAUCAAGGAAGUUUAGAUACUCCUCGGUCAAGUAUUGAUAAAAAUUCUGGUGCUGCAAGCUUGGAAUCAGAUGAGUUGUUACUUCUUGCUCAGUCAGCAAAAAAUGGUCAGAUGUCAUCUUUUGAAACGCAAGAAUCAAAUGAUUACCUAUCUUCCACCAGUAGUUCAAAAUUGUCAAGUGAUUCAAAAGUUGAAAGUUCAGAAAAAAUUGAGGAAAAUUUUGCAAGGGAUUUAAAAAUGGAUGUACGCAAUGAAAAGGAAUUGGUUCAAAGUUCAUUCAAUAACCAAUCAGAAACACUGCUUGAUUUUUCUGCUGGUUCCAACUUAGAUCAACAUGACAGAAACCAGAUAAAUAAUCAAACUAUUUUAGAUUUUGAAGGAAGUGAAUUGAUUCAAGCUGAAUCUUUAAAAUCAGAAAAUGGUAUAAAUGAGCAAAGUGAUAUUCAAGAUAAAUCUCCUAUUGAAGAGGGUAACAUAGAUAAAAUGGAGUCUGUCGAUAUAUCAUCUGAAAAUGAGGCUGAAAAUUUGUCACCUUUGAAAUCAGAUAAUGCAUUUGAUGAACUAAGCAGUACUUUCGAUGAACCUACUAUUGGAACAGAAAACUUGGAUAAAAUGGAGUCUGUUGAAAUGUCAACUGAAAAUUUGUCACCCUUAAAAAAAGAAAAUGCUUUAAGUGAGCUUAGUGAUAUUUUGGAUAAACCUGCAAUUGGAAUAGAAAACAUAGAUAAAAUGGAGUCAGUUGAAAUAUCAUCUGAAAAUGAGGCUGAAAAUUUGUCACUUUUGAAAUCGGACAAUGGAUUUGAUGAACUGAGUAAUAUUUUCGAUAAACCUGCUAUUGGAAUGGAAAACAAAGAUAAAAUGGAGUCUGCUGAAAUAUUAUCUGAAAAGAAAUCGGACAAUGGAUUUGAAGAACUUAGUAAUAUUUUCAAUAAACCUGCUGUUGGAAUAGAAAACUUAGAUAAAAUGGAGUCUGUUGAAAUAUCAUCUGAAAAUGAAGCUGAAAAUUCGUCAUCUUUGAAAUCGGACAAUGGCUUUGAUGAACUUAGUAAUAUUUUCGAUAAACCUGCUGUUGGAAUAGAAAACUUAGAUAAAAUGGAGUCUGUUGAAAUGUCAUCUGAAAAUGAGGCUGAAAAUUUGUUACCUAUGAUAUCAGACAAUGCAUUUGAUGAACUAAGUAGUACUUUCGAUCAACCUACUAUUGGAACAGAAAAGUUGGAUAAAAUGGAGUCUGUUGAUUAUAUAUCAUCUGAAAAUGAGGCUGAAAACUCAUCCCCUAUGAAACCGGACAAUGGAUUUGAUGAACUCAGUAAUAUUUUCGAUAAACCUGCAAUUGGAAUAGAAAAAACAGAUAAAAUGGAGUCUGUUGAAAAAUCAUCUGAAAUCGAGGCUGAAAAUUUGUCACCUUUAAAAACAGACAAUGCAUUUGAUGAGCUUAGUAAUAUUUUCGAUAAACCUGCUGUUGGAAUAGAAAACUUGGAUAAAGUGGAGUCUGUUGAAAUGUCAUCUGAAAAUUUGUCACCCUUAAAAACAGAAAAUGCUGUAAGUGAGCUUAGUAAUAUUUCUGAUAAACCUGCAAUUGGAAUAGAAAACUUGGAUAAAAAGAAGUCAGUUAUCAUAUCAUCUGAAAAUGAGGCUGAAAAUUUGUCACCUUUGAAAUCUGACAAUGCAUUUGAUGAACUAAGUAAUAUUUUCAAUAAACCUGCUAUUGGAAUGGAAAACAAAGAUAAAAUGGAGUCUGCUGAUAUAUCAUCUGAAAAUGAGGCUGACAAUAUAUCAUCUUUUAAAUAUAGGGAAGCUUUUAAUGAACUAAGUGAUAUUACAGAUAGUAACAAUUCAGAUAAACCUGUUUUUGGAGAAGGUAGCAUAGAUAAAAUGGAGUCUGUGGAUUAUAUAUCAUCUGAGAAUGAGGCUGAGAAUAAGUCACCUUUGAAAUCAGAUAAUGCAUUUGAUGAGCUAAGUGAUAUUUUCAAUAAACCUGCUGUUGGAAUAGAAAACACAGAUAAAACAGAGUCAGUUGAAAUAUCAUCUGAAAGUGGGGCUGAAAACUUGUCACUUUUAAAAUCAGAAAAUGAGGCUGAAAAUAUUUUACCUUUAAAAUCCGAAGAUGCUCUAAAUGAGCAAAGUAAUAUUUCAGAUAAAACACCUAUUGGAAUAGAAAACACACAUAAAAUGGAGUCUGUUGAUAUAUCAUCUGAAAAUGAGGCUGAAAAUUUGUUCCCUUUGAAAUCAGACAAUGCAUUUGAUGAGCUGAGUGAUAUUUUCCCUAAACCUGCUAUUGGAAUAGAAAACAUAGAGUCUGUUGAUAUAUCAUCUGAAAAUGAGGCUGAAAAUUUGUCAACCUUAAAAACAGAAAAUGAGGCUGAAAAUUUAUUACCUGUAAGAUCAGACGAGGAUUUUAAUGAACUAAAUAAUAUUUCAGAUAAAACCAAUGAUGGAAUGGAAAACACAGAUAAAAUGGAGUCUUUUAAUUCUAUAUCAUCAGAAAAUGAGGCUGGAAAUUUGUCGCCUUUAAAAUCAGAAAAUGUUGAUUUUCUGGAACAAUCCCAAGAUUCUGUGCCUUAUAGCGAUAGAAAAAAGGAAUCACUGGAUUACAUAUCAUCAGAGGGAGAGACUGAUAAUUACGGGAAGUUACAGAAUGAGGCAGAGACCUCUACACCAGACGCUCGAUCAACUUAUCAUAAGGCUGAAACUUUGGAUUAUAUAUCAAGUGAGGGGGAGGGCAACGAUACUGAAUUUGUCCAAACCCUCCAAGGAAUGUAUAGUAGUCAAUCUUCAGAGCAGACGUCAACUACAACAGAGGGUAGCUAUCAGGUGCUAUCACCUGACCAACAGAUAAAAGACAUCAAAGAGGAGAUAACUGAUUUGAUAAAUUCAGAAAUCAAAGGGGAGGUUACUCAUAUGAUUUCUGAUAUAAAAAUGGAGCUUAGUGGUUUGAACCCUGAUGUUUUUGAAACGAAAGAAAAAGAAAAUAUUGAAUUUUAUGCUGAAGUAACUGAAAUUGAUGAAAAUGAAACUGAUUUGAAUAAACAUAAAGAAGAAUUUAUUAGCGGGGAAAAUUUACCAGAAGGAGUCGCUGAACAUAAUGAAUUAAAGGGUGAUAAUUUGGAUUCUAAUAUUUCAUCAAACGAACUUGUUGUUGAGGUAACUGAAACUGAUGAUGAAAUUAAAACUGAUUUUAAUAAACAAGAUGAAGAAUUUAUGAGCAACAAAGAAUUACCAGGAGGAGUAGAUGAACAUUUGAACAAUGUUGAACUGAAGGGAGAUAAUUAUGAUUUUUCAAACUUUGCAUCAAAUGAACUUGUUGUUCAAGGAAAUGAAAUUGAUUUAAAUAAACAAGAUGAAGAAGAUAUGAGCAAUGAAAGUUUAUUAGGUGCAGAAGCUGAAGAUCAGAUUCAAGCACAUGAUGAAUUAAAGGGGAAUAGUUUAGAAUUUUCAAAUGAUUCUUCAAAUGAACUUGUUUAUGAAGGAAAUAAAAUUGAUGUAAAUGAAACUAAAACUGAUUCGAAUAAACAAAAUGAAGAUUCAGAAGUUAUAAGCAAUGAAAAUUUACUCGAUGGAGCCGCUGAAGGUUUAAAUGAAGAACAUGUAGAAUUAAAUGGAGACAAUUUAGAAUUUACAAACAAUUCUUUAAAUGAACUUGUUCAUGAAGGAGUUGAAAUUGAUGAAAAUGAAACUGAACCUAAUUUGAUUAAUCAAGAUUCAGAAGUUACAAGUAAUGAAAAUUUACUGGGUGCAGAAGUUGAUGUUUUUGAAAAAGAUCAUGGUGAAAUAAAGGGAGAUAAUUUAGAAUUUACAAAUAAUUCAUCAAAUGAACUUGUUUAUAAAGGAAAUAAAAUUGAUGAAAAUGAAACUGAACCUGAUUUGAAUAAUCAAGAUUCAGAAGCUAUAAGCAAUGAAAAUUUACUGGGUGCAGAAGUGGAUGUUUUUAAUAAAGAACAUGGUGAAAUAAAGGGAGAUAAUUUAGAAUUUACAAAUUAUUCAUCAAAUGAACUUGUUGGUACUGAAAAUGAUAAUCACAAUGCUGAGGUCAUGAGCAACGCAAAUAUACUAGGUGCAGUAGUGGAAGAUAAUGAUAAGCAAGUAAAUGGCGAAUUACAGGGAGAUAAUUUGGAAUUUUCAAUUAAUUCAUCAUAUGAACUUGUUUGUGAACACAAUAAAAUUAGUGAAAAUAUAACUGAUUUAAAUAAACAUGAUGGAAUUAGCAAAGAAAAGUUAUUAGGUACAGUGGCUGAAGGUUCUAAUGAAGUGCAUGGUGAAUUAAAGGGAGAUAAUUUAGAAUUUUCAAACAAUUCAUUGAAUGAACUUGUGGGUGAUGGAAAUGAGAUUAGUGAAAAUGAAACUGAAACUGACUUGAAUACACUCGAUGAAGAAUUAAUUAGCAAUGGAAAUUUACUAAGUGCAGUAGCUGAAGAUGUUAAUGAAGUGCAUGGUGAAUUAAAGGGAAGUAAUUUAGAAUUCACGAACAAUUCAUUAAAUGAAUUUGUUGAUGAAGGAAAUGAAUUUGAUGAAACUGAAACUGAUUUAAAUAAAGAAGAUGAAGAGUUUAUUAGCAAUGAAAAUUUACAAGGUGCUGAAACUGAAGGUUUUAAAAUAGAACAUGAUGAAUUAAAGGGAGAUAAUUCAGAAAAAUCAAACUCUUCUUCAAACAAUUCACAUACUAUAAUAUCAGAGACAUGUGUGAUUGAUGAAAAUGGAAUUAAUUCAAAUGAAAAUGGUGCUAUUGAUUCAAUAAAAAGAACUAAGGAAAUUUACAUGACAAGCGCUGGGCGUAUCAGCAUCGCUAGUGAUGGCGACUCAGAGAACACUAAACAGAGAUUUUCAGUAACGGAUAAUUUCAUCGAAGAAACCCACAACGAGGAGGAUUUAAAAGAAACACAAGUUGAAACUGUUGAUAAUCAAUUAAGUGUUGAGAAUGAACCUAAAACAGUCAGCAAAGAACAUGAGAACAUACCAGUAGAAACUGAGAGCAAGUCGGAGGAACCAGUUGGUACAUCAGAAAAACUUGUGAACAAGACACAAGAACCUAUUGGUACAUCAGAAGAUCUAGCUAAUGACAUACAAGAACCUAUUGGUACAUCAGAAGAUCUAGCGAAUGACAUACAAGAACCUGUCAGUAAAGUAGAAGAACCAGUGAACAAGACACAAGAACCUGUUGGUACAUCAGGAAAACCAGAGAACAAGACAAAAGAGCCUGUCAGUAAAGUAGAAGAAUCGUCAGCGAAACAACAAGAGAAAACAGAUGAAGGAACAGAAAAACCUAAAGUAGUCAAGCCAGUAAAGAAAGCUAUGGAUAUGACAGAAGAAUGGCACGAGGAUCCUAUACCUGGUAUGGGUGUCACCGCCGACAAUGAUUCAGAUUCCAGUGAUUCACGCUCCAGACACAGUAGUGGGGAUUCUGAUAGUAGUGAUAGUACAAGACCUGCAAACAGGCCAACAUCUUUACAGACAACUCGUAAAAAGAAAAAGAUAUCUGCUAACUUCAACAUUCUUAAGGAGGACUACGCUUCCCCUGAUGAUAUAGAUACUACAGAAAAUCCUGGAGAUUUAGAAUGGGAAAAUGAUACACCUGUAAGCAUUCCAAAAGAACCUAUCGCAGAAUACAGCGCUGAAGACGAGUACCAGGAUGCCAAACAUUGGCGAGGUGUAGAAAUCAAUGGGAAACAACAGAAGAUUGACCUCAAGGUCAUUGACCCAUAUAAAAAAGUUCUCACACAUGGAGGUUACUAUGGUGAUGGACUGAAUGCUAUUAUAGUAUUUUCUGGUUGUUAUUUACCUGAUAGAAGUCGUAAAGAUUAUAAUUAUGUUAUGGAUAAUUUAUUUUUAUAUGUGAUAAGUACGUUAGAAUUGUUAGUAGCAGAAGAUUAUAUGAUUGUUUAUUUCCAUGGUGCCACACCCAGGAGACAAAUGCCAAGUUUUGGUUGGCUGAAAAAAUGUUAUCAAAUGAUAGACAGAAGAUUAAAGAAAAAUUUAAAAGGUCUAUUACUAAUACAUCCUACAUUGUGGCUGAGGACAAUCGUCUUGAUGACAAAACCAUUUAUUAGCUCAAAAUUUAGUUCCAAGUUAAAGUUUGUGCGAACAUUGCACGACUUGUCCAAUAUAGUCCCUGUUGAUUAUAUAUACAUCCCAGAUCAAGUUAAAAAGUAUGACAGCCUGCUUCAGCAUCGUUCCCCUGCUCACUCUUCCUCUUCCUCUACUCCUCACACUCCUUCCUGAAUACAGCACAGGCACAGUCGUAUACAGUGUUGAAGAGCUUCUUAAGAAGAAUCCAAAUUAUCUUGAUCAAAAGGAAACUCGUGAGGAGAAGAGACAAAGAAAAGAAGAUGAGAAACAACUGAAACUGGAAGCAAAGAAAGAAAAAGCCAAGAAAAAGAAAUAACUUUUAAUUUGUAUAAUUUUUAAUAUUUUUACUUAUUUUAUUAUACAUUCUUUCGAUUAUUAUUGUGAUCUUGUUUUAAAUGAUUAUUGACAUUUUGAAUGAGAUGAAAUUUUUUAUUGGAAUAUAUCUGUUUGUAAUUUUUAACAGAUCCAUUUCAUUAAUGAAAACAAACUUUCUUGCAAGUUGGUACAAAUAUAGAGAAAGAUAUAUCAAUAUCAUACUGCUGUAGAUAUAUGAUACACCAGAAACAAAUAACUCUCAUGCAAGCGGUCAUUUUGUUCAAUUUAAAUUUCAGUCAUUUAUUUAUUUACUCUUGCCAAUGUUCAAAUGAAAUUAUCAAAUAAUGCUUGUGUUAUUUUAAAAUUAACAUAUGUGAUUCAAGCAUUGUCUUUUAAUAGAAAUUGAUUUCAACAUCCGACCAUUUUUGGAUAGCACAUGUUACAUUUGAAUGACUCCAUUAUGAGGGUGAUGAUACCCCAGCUUUUCGUACACCACAUGUUUUCAUCACACUUUUCUUAUGACCUUUUGACCCUUUCAUAUAUGGUCAACAGCUUGAGAGUGAUAAGAUUUAAAAUAUGAUUUCAUAUCUUCAGAGGUCUUUUUCUUUUUUGCUGCUGCUUCUUUUUUCUUUCAUAUGUUGAAGAACACUUGUCUCAGGAACUUAUGAAAGUAUUGUCUUCAUAUUUGGUCAGAAGCUUGGUACUUGUAAAUCCAGAAAUUAUUGUGUGCAUUUAUUAUAAUGAUUUUGUCAGUUUAGACUGAAAUGUGAUUUUAGUUUUUACAAUUGUGAGUAAAAUCCUGUUUAAUUCUUGUAAAAUAUUUCAAACUGUGAGUUUAAAUUAUUGCGUUUACAACUCUGUCGCAUUUUUCGCAAUAAUAAAUACCUCGCAAUAAUUUCUGAAUUUACAGUUAUCACCAGUUGAAAUGUGUGAGCCUUUUUAAUAUCUGUCUGUUUUCGAUACCUUGAAUUAGAAAUUAAGGUAUGAUAAUUAAGCAAGGUGUGCAACCUUUUGUUUGAAACUGAAAAAUGUAGACUACUGUUGUUGCCUUCAAAAAGAAAAGCAUUGUUUUUUUCUUUUAAUUGAUAUAUAAUUUUUAUGACGAUAUUGUUAGUUAAUGAAUUUGGGGAUGAUUUUGCAAUUGUCAUUUACCGUUUAUUUAUGAAAAUGUUUUAAAGGAUUUAAGGAAUUUCAAUCAUUUGACAGUAAAUUAAGGUUCACAUGUUCUUCCCUCUGAAUUUGCAUAUUCAGAAACUAAAGGACUAUGGGUAGUCUCAUUGUUUGUACACCAAAAUGAAAACAACGUUAACUUACAUCAUUGGUUAAAUGUAUAUUAUUUAUCACGUUUUAAACCAAUCACACGUUUUGGUGUACGCUUUUGUUAAUAUUACCCAGAAUGCAUUAGAUUCUGAAACAGUGAAGUAUAUAAAAAAAAGUGAGCAUUAUUAUCAUAUCUAAAUAAAAUGAAAGACAAAUUGCUGUAAUUAUCUCCCUUGUUUAGGCAAUUUACUGUAAUUAUCUCCCUUGUUUGACAUAUUCAGUAAGCCAAAAUAGGUUUGAUAUUUUAUGAACUAUAAAUAUAUAUUAUCUUAAUCUUUAUUAAUAUGACCAAUUUAAAUGAAAUACUUUAAAAUAAUUGUAUAUGUAAUGGCAGUACUGAUUACUAAUAAUGUUUUGCAAUUAAGAUAUUAAAUUAAUCAACUUUAAGAAAACAUGUUUCAAAAUUUCAUUGCAUAUUAGAUUAAAUAUAAUAUAAAUGUAUAUCAAGUAAAUAUAGAUUGUCUAAUAAAUUCUCCUUAUUGAAUUAUUCAGCUGUAAGAUGUCACUGAAAACAGUGAUUGAUAAAAUUACACAAUAUAUAAACUGCUUGACUCAUUGAUGGAACACUAUACAUCAAAGCCCUUGUCCAUUAGUGUGUAUUAUGUGAUUUUUGUUUAACUGACUUUAACUUAUCUUAAAGAAUAAUUGUGCUUUGUGUUUAAGUGUCUUGAAAACUAUUUUCUUGAAUAAGUGUAGCAAAUUUUUGUGAUGUUUUUUUGUUCUGAAUCACACUUAAUCUUAUUUGAAUUCAUUAUAAUUUUUUAAUUUCAAUGUUGAAACAUAUUUUUAAAAUGUAAAUCAUGUUUUUAAAUACCAGAUUGUCCAUACAGGCUUAUUCCUUGUUUGUGUGAUAUAUUGAGAUAACUACUUUAUAUUAUAUUCAUAUUUGAAAAUCAUUAUUCCAUAAGGAAUUAUUUUGCCAUAUUUUUACAAGAACCUGAAUUGUAAAGGGUUUGCCUAAACUUUUUUCAAGGAUUUCACCAUCAAAGUUGAUAUAUACUUUAUACAUACGGUUAAUAUCUAUUUUAUAACUGGCUGAGUGCAAUAGUGUUUGUUAUAAUCUUCAUAAUUUUGUUUGUUGUUACUGAAAAUAGUUUCUUUGGCAAAUCAAUGAAAUCUGUCUCAACUGAAAACUGAAAUCAUGUCCAAUCUGACCAUCUCAGUCACAGCAUGCAAUAAAAGUUAUUCAGCCAUUUAAGGGGGCUCGCGGGUCUAAAUCAACUUUUUUUUUCUAAUAUAGGAUUUUCCUAUGUUUUUCCAUGAUUAAACCUUAUCUUAUAUCUAAUGGAAAUAUAAAAUAAAAAUAUGGGGUCACCGUUCAUUUAAGCUCACAAUUUGCCUCCGAAAAAAGCAUACAUUUUUGUUAAUGUCCUUUUUUUCUGUUGAACUAAUAGGAGAAAUAUUGGUAAUAUCGAAAUAAAAAAAGAACUAAAUUACAGAAAUCGUUAACAUUUUACAAUUAUUUAGUUUAUGUACAGUUUGUUUGAAAAUAGUAAUAAAAAAUAUAGGUCACCGAUGAGUUGAAAAAGAUAUUUCAAUUUUAACGUCCAAAAAUGACAUUUUUGCACCAAAGGGAGAUAAUUUGGAGCUUUUUCAAUGAUAUGAACAUUUUAAAAGUCAUCUGUGGACAAACCAAAUCGAUUUUUCUUGGUGAUUUUUGUGCCAUAUUAUGAAGUAAUAGCUAAUUGUGUAAUAAAUAAAAUUUGUAAUGAAAAAAAAAAUAUUUAAUUUUUUUCUGAUUUUCUAUACCCGCGAGACUACUUAACCUGUGUAAAACUGAACUUCUUUGUGAUAAUAAAAAAAGCACAUAAGAAACUGUUUAUUUGCAUCAAAAUAAGAAAAUACUUACAAUUCCAAGAAAGACAACUCAUGUCAACCAAAGGGAAGUUACUUUUGAGAAACUAUUGUUUUUCAAAGGGAUAAUUAUGGACAAAAUUGAAACAAAGAAUUUAAGUCAGUACUAAACAGAAAAAUUGUUUGGCAAACAUAUUUCUAUAAAAUAUUAGGAGAUAAUGUAUCAACCCAUUUGAUUAUCGAAUUUUCUCAUGUCUUCAAUUUUUAUUUGAAAAAUUUAUCCAUACAGAGAAACCUUUGGAUUCCUCCUAUUUGACUUACACAGGGAAAGUUUGCUCACAAGAAUUUCACAUGAAUCUCACAUGAAAUUCACAUAAAAAAUUCACGUGAGAUUCACCUCAAUUGAGCUUAUACCAGAAACUCGUGUGAAAAUUUUAGGUGAAUUUCACAUGAAUUGAGAUUCACAUGAAUCUUAUGUGAAAUUUUCACAUGAAAUUCACAUGAAAUUUACGACAACAAAAAAUUAUACUUUUCAUGGUUUUGAUUAAAUUUGAAAAUUAAGAUGUUAUUUGAAAUACUCUAUUUUAAAGAUUCAUGUGAAUAUCACAUAAAAAAAAGUACUUGAUUUUCAUGCGAAAUUCACAUCAGUUUCACAUGAGAUUCACUUGAAACUCAUAAAAAAUUGAUUUCAGGUGAGUUUCAUGUAUAAUCUCGUUUGAGGUGAAAUUCAUGUGAAUUUCAUGUGAGAUUCACAUAAUUUAAAUUCACAUGAAAUUUGCCUUUAUUGUCCCAUUGAUGAAUUUUGGUUAGAAAAGUUUCCAGUUUACACAGAUUUCAUUGAAUAAUUACAAAGGAAAUUUUUUCUUUAUAGCAAACAUCUGAAACAUUGAGGAAGUGUUACAGUGAAUAUUGUUUGAUUUUAACCCAAUUAAUUACAAAAUGUAAUUUAAUCAAGAGUUAUAUAGGUGCUCUAUCAUGUAAAUUGUUAUUGAAUAUUUGUUAAAUAAAUAUCUGUUGAUUCUUA